AUGGAAAUCUGCUUAUCGAGAACACGGUGAAGUCUGUCUUCUCACGUGCGGUUGAGUUUCGGCGCCAAGGGAGGUGAAAUGAACUUUCGAAAUUGAUGCUGUAUAUAUUGGACGAACGCAGUCACGUCUUUAAUCUUCUAAUUCGUUCUCGAUUUCCCUAAUAGCAGUCUUGGCUAUUUGGUCCUAUGGUUCAGUGACAAGUCAUUGAUCAAAUCGCGGAGAGUUUUCUUUUAUCAAUCCUUCGUUUAAUUUUGGAACCGUUUUAAUGUUUGGUGCGUCUUGCGUUAGGGCUCGCUACCGAUUUCACCAUUGAUUUCACAUGUUGGAUUGAAUUGGGAAUGAGCAUUGGGCGGUGAGACACAAGACUUCCAAGUGAUUAAAACAAGAUGUACUCGUUCAACGCCGAAAUGAAUCAUUCGCCAAAUUUAAGCCCUGCUUCGAGCGAAUCAUCCAUAGGCUCGCCUUCAUCGACUGCGAGUCCAUCUCGCUCAGUCAGCGUUGGUGAAAGACCGAUGACCAUCGCCGAACUGCAACAAGAAAAUGCUCGUUUGAGGAAAGAAGUCGAAGCAAAAGAAACGAAACUGAACUCAAGCAUGAGAAGUAUCAAAAUGUUUUGGAGCCCAGAACUUAAAAAAGAAAGAGCAGCGAGAAAAGCCGAAGAGGAGAAAUGUGCGAGAUUAAGGGAGCAGUUUAAAGAUUCACAGGUAAAAUUAUACAUUAGGUGUGUUUAAUAAGCGGCUUAUGUUGUGGUAUACCCGUUUUACUCGAUCUAUAAAUUAUAUACGAUAAAAUAGGAAGGUGCAAUUAACGGACUCUGCGUUCGCCUUUUCAUGUCAUACGGAAGUCGUGAUCGAUCCGUGAAAUGAAUAAUUUUAAAUACUAACUUCACAUAUGAUUAAGCGUCCUCAUUUAUCAUCGCUUGUUUUUUUAGUUAUAUUGCGUCUCAAAGUUGAUUGAUUAAAUUUAGUGGUACUCAUUUUCAUGCUCAGUAAAUAAUGCGGACAACAUCAUGAAAAAAAGUGCCGAAAUGACUUGAGAUUACCUCACAGUUCGGUUUGAAAGAAAACAAUGCAAAGUUGUUGUUUCUAUAUCUUUAGACAGCUGUGAGUAUGAAACCAUGUCUUUUUCUUUUGUCCAAGUCCGCGUAAUGAUAUUGUCUUGAAACAAUGGGGGCUUUAAAAUGUCACUUGUAGUAAAUUUUCGUAGAUGUCUCUCAGUUAUUGUCUACAUUACGUUGGAGGUUUGAAAAUUAUGGGAUUGACCAUAGUCUUGAAGAGGUUCUUUAAAAUAUUUAGAGCUUUGUUGUUUUGCCGCGCAAUAUCGUGCGAAGCUCAUUUUGACAAAAAAAAAAUAAUAAUAAUAACAGUGAUUAUAAAAAAACACCAUUAUUGUAUUUCAUUAUUAAAAGGAUACCAUUCAUCUAAGGGACAGUAAGUAACGUUUCUGUAUUUGUGGCUUUAAUCAGUGCCUAAGCAGCAGUUUUCAGCAGAUGGAUUUAAUUGUGUGAAACAAAAAUGUUAAAUUCCCCUUUUGUAAAGACAUAAUUUAUGUUUCUAUACAUUUUAUGGGAUUCUCUGUAGCAAUUUUACUUGUAUUAAUUUAUUAAUAUUAUUUUAGUAGCCACAUACUCCUGGUCAGGAACAACAAGGGUAACGAAAGAAACACAAAUUUUGAUUUGAUCCAGUCGCAAAGCUGGUAAUUGAGUUUUUUGUUUCUUGAAUUUUAAUCGAUUGCCCAUCCCAAGAAAGUUUGCACGUGCAUGUGAAAGUGGUUUUGGAAUUAGUGUGACACAUAAACAAAGAUUUGAUUUGAACAUUAUUUUUUUAUACCUUUUGUGUGGAACUGAGUUUUUGUAAUUUGACUCAAUUAUUCUCUGCCUUUUUUUUAGGUAAAGAUGUUGGCUUAAUAAUUAUUUCAUAAUACGUGCAAUUUAAAUUGGCCAUUUCCCUGAACAGGCAAAAUAUAAGCAAGGCUAUAUGCUCUAAUAACAGUUCUAGGGAACCCAAUGCUCUGAACCGGACAAAUCCAGGGUGGGGCCAACCAGGAUUGGGGGGAGGGGGGGUGGGUAUGCUGUCACUUUGUUGGUCAUUUUUUCUAAGGCUGGCUGUUGACUGGUAGGUUAGUAAAAAGUGUCACUGUGUCAUUUAGCUAGGACAAAGACGUUGCUGUUGGUUCGGCAUAAAAUUUUGGGAUACUUAAUUUGGAAUUUACGGCAGAUAUAGAGUCUGGAAAGAAGUUUCAUAUUUAAUCUUUCUCCUUCAAGGGGCCACUCUUAGAUACAUUAGAAUGUAACAAGGAUUGUUAGUGUAUUGGUAUUUUCCCAACUGUGAAAAGAUUCUACCCACCACAAAGUAAUUUUACCUACUACUAUGAGUAAAAAAACUGUACCAAACAUGAUAAGUGCUGUCAUGAUGUUGCGUUACAUGAUGCUGGUUUAGGGUGUCACACUCCAUAAACUGUGUUUUACAAAAUUAUUGAGCAUACAACUUUCUGUAUUUUUUUUUAUAACUUUUAAUGUUCUUUGUUUUGAUACAACUAUACAUGUGAAAAGUCAGGAGAAAUUAGUGGUAUUUUAAAUUCCUAUUUGAAUUGAGUAGGUGUUAACUGAAUUUAAUUUUCAUGUUUUUAUUGACUUAACACAGUUAAAUGGCUUUUAUUUAUCAAGAACUUGUGUAGUGUCCUGCUUACAUGAUUGUACAUGCCAGAAAAGGUUACUGAUCAUGCAUUUCUCGUAAUAAUAACAUGCAGUCACUUUCCCUCUCCUUUAAGCAAAGAAAUGAAACUGUAAGGGAACUUCAAGAACAGUUGCGGAGACAUAAAGAUGCAAGUGAUCAUAUUUCUUCUGGCCAUCUAUCACCAGCAUCUUCAACCAUUUCUGUCCAUUCUCAGGAUGGUCUUCAACGUGAGCUUGAUUCUUUAAGAAGUGAGAAAGAUCGGCAAGAGAAUGAAGCGUUCAUACUUCAAAGAUCUCUUGAAGAAUUAAGCUCUAGGCUGGAAGUACAGCAGCAAAGUAUUCAAGCUAAGGAUGAAACUAUUGCACAGCUUAUGGGGAUGAUUCAGAAUAGCAAAGGAGUUGAAUCAAAGCAGCUUGAACUGCACAAAGAACAGCAUAGUACUGAUAAAAAGAAGCUCACUGAGGCACUCAAUCAGCUUGCAAAAUUGAGGGAAGUUAUCGAUGAACGUGACAAAACAAUAGCAUCAUUAAAAGAGGUAGAAUGUUCUUUAUUUUACGAGUCAUUAUUGAAUUAAUAAUACUAAUAGCAAUCUUUAUUGAGGAUACCAACAUCACAGGUUAGUGGUUUACAGAAGGGUCCUAAAAAAAACUGUGGGCAAAGACUAAAUUUUAGUAAAAUAUCAACAAGAAUGUAAAAAAUGAAAAUAAUAAAAAAGGAAAUAAAAAAUUUAGAUAAACAGAAUUUGAAGAUAAAUAAGUUAAUGUAAAAUAACAUAAUCUUUAAGAAUCAUAAUAUGGCUUUAUACAGGCCACAUUUAAAAGCAGUCAGUGACUCUGCUUCCCUGAAGGAAGUGUCUAAACUGUCCCAGAAAUUAGAACUAAAAUUAACUGAUGACCAGUGGCCCCAGCGUCAUUUGGCUCUGGAUUUGUGAAUGUCAUUUCUUUCCAUGUAUAGUAACCAUGAAAGUCACAGGGUUUUCAUUAAGAUUUCUAGUAGCAGAAGAAAGGUGUAACGUUAAGGGAGAAUAUUUUGAAAGAGGCUCCUCAUCUGAGUAAAAAAUAGUCAUAGGCUAUCGAAUCGAACAUCAUCCGGAGAAUUUUUCAUCGUAGACAAGGAAUUCUCCGAUCUCUGAUGCCUAAUGAACACCCUGAAAUCAACAUUGAAUGAAACUGGGAUUGAGCAGCAAAAGUGAUUGAAUUUGCAUCUUUCUGCGGUCAAACCUACUUGUAAUGUGAUAUUAUUACAACCGUUGAGCCUCAAAAUCCAUAUACAAUUUCUCCAGACUGAUCUCCAUAUAUUUCCUCGAUUGUUGUUUUACUGGUAGCAAUGGCUCUUUAGUCUACUUUUCUUCCUCUUGUAUUUAGGAAAAUGGCCAUUUAAGAAUCAACAAUGUCAGCGACGAACUGAAGCAGUCUGCAAAUCUUUUGUCUAAGGUAAACCCAUUAAUUUACUUGUAAUGGGGAAAUUGCCAAAGCUGAAUAUUACUACCGCACCUCACAUUCCCCACCCUCAAAAGCCUCUCUUCUCCUGCCAUGUCACUUGGCUGGACAUUGUAUGUUGAUGAAGCAGUUUCUUGGAUGCCAAUAAAUUUAUUGUUGACAGUACUUCAGGGUUGAAAACAUAGUUUUUGGAGCACUUGCUGUCUGGGCGAUCGAGUGACCUUCAGAUUUCACUCAGAUUUGUUAAAAAUGGCAACCGGAGAAGACAGCCAACAUUUGGCGAUGCUACCGGCGGUUUCCAUGCCAAAUGACAUCUGAGAAACGAGCACAGAAAUUCCAUGCUGAUGACGCUUCACUACUCAGAUUUGAUAGUGCUUCUGAUUAGUUGUGCCACGUGUGAAAAUUGAUUCAACCAAUCAGAAGAACUACCCAGAUAAUCAGGAAAAGAAAAGAUGGGCUCCAAAUAUUCUCUCAUGUGAAUGUGUAUUAGCCUCUCAAACCUUUUACUGAAAACAUGAAAGACCAUCUCUCGUCUGCGGUUUCUUUUGUCCAAAACACUGCCUGCUGGUAGAGUGAUGUGACAUGGCCGCACUUCCAAGUGUUAGUUACCUGUGAACUGCUAAUGAUGCUAUUAACAAGGUCACUGAAAGGUUUUGCUAUGGAUGAUGAACGCACCUUUUAAGGAGAAUAUUAAGCCCAACCAAGCCAAUUGAUGUGAGUUAAAACUGCUCUCGGAGGAAUAAAAUCACAUGGGCUUUGUUGGGCUUAAUAUUCUCCAGCACUGCCUUCACAAUUUAUUAUGGUGUCGAAUUGGCUUAAAAGUGAACGUCCUUGUCCCCACAAUCGUGUCUAAUGGGUACAUGUGAUUGUUCCUUGAAUGUGGUAUGCUUGUUUAAGAUCAGGCCCCUUGUGAUAUUACCAAAGGAACCAAUAUUCAUUAAACGUUUGUGCUACAUUAUUUUUAUCCGUAAUAACUCCUAAAUGUUACUCCUUGAGAGUAAUUACUUCAUCCUGCGUGCAUAAAAGGCCGGUGCAAUGAACUCCAGAAAUCUCUUGGGCUUCCUGCAUGCAAGCUGCACAGCCUUUGGAAGUAUUCUGUGAUGCAUGGAUUUGCGGCACAUGCAAUCUAUGACAGGGCUCCUAAUUCUCCUAUAUGCUUCCCAGCUGACAGCUGCCUUUGUUUUGUAGUAUUUCAUUUCAAUAACAUUGCAAAUGAGUUUUACUUAUAAAUCAGGUUUCUUGGUUUGUUUAUAUUUUUUAUUUUAUUUUAUUUGUUGUUUGUUUCUUUUUUCUUGUUAAUUUUUUGCCUGUGCUCUACUAUCUGAAUGCCUGGAACAUGCUAUUGUUAGCUCUAAAGGACUUCUUGAAAUAUCUUUUUCAUUAGGAUAGCCAUAUUGUUGAGCUGGAGGCACAGAUAAAACAGCUUGAAAGAGAGGUUUGUAAACAUAAAAAAUGCAAAAUAAUCUUCUUCCCUGUAUUUGCAAUACUUCCAGAAAUAAUGUAAGUAAGUAAAUAUUUUGGUCUUGAAGAGGAAUGUUCCUUACAUUUUUGUGUUCUCUUGGCUGAACUUACAAAAUUGUGGUACUUAUGGGAUUUUUGUUGCUUUAUUUAGCAGUUAAUGAAUGAGGCUGAGUAGGAUAUGAAGAAUUAAUCAGAUCAGAUCGAGGAGGGUGUUAUCGGCCGAGGUGGAUAACACCCUCCGAGAUCUGCUUAAUUCUUCAUAUCCUACGAAAGUUGAAUUCAUUAAUUGCUUUAUUAUUCAAUCAAAGUAAUUCCUAGUUUAAAAACAUAGCUAAAACAUGCUUACCUGCAUUGAUGGUAAGUUUAUCUUCGAUAGUGUACGUUUAGGUUUGUCCAGCUCCGUAAAUAUUCUCCAAAUAGCAGAUGUCACCUUCCGAGUUGUCUUCUUCCCGUUUUUGCUAUGUUUUUAGCUAUUAUUUUGCCUAGUUUCAGCUGUAGUUAUCUCACUUUUGAAAUGAUUGUAGUGUCCGCCAUUUUUGUUUUCACAACCAAAGCAACUCAACCUCGUCCCCAGUUCUUCUCGGUAACAGUGCCUUAACCUGUAGUGGGCUGCAUUUUUGACGUCAUUUCCUCGAUAAACACAAAAUUCUUCCAAAUUUGGUCAUCAGUAACUGGUUAUGGUGAAUCAUGCGUCUACUUUUAGCCAAUCAGAAUUAGGGAAAUAUUUUGAAUGAAUAAUAAUUCCUUUUAACAUGUGUGUGCCUGUUUCUAGAACAAGCAGCACUCAGUGUAUUUGUUUGCACAAAUUCAGCUUUUUAUUUCAAGUGCUUCAAUUCUCAUAAUGUCAAGGAAAGAGUGAACAUUCUUACAGUAUUUCACGUGAAAAAGUAUGACAUCACAAAAAUUGUGUACGUUUUUUUUUGGCAAGAUUUCUUCUAAUUUUCAAGAACUCGGUACAAAUAUGAAUAAUUUUUCACAUUUUUUUGUUAUCUUGCUAUAUGUUCUUUUUAUUCUUAACUUUUUUGACAUAACAUGCAAUAUUAGGCAUUACAUCACCUGAAAACAAUAUUUCACUCUCCACUCUUGCAACAAAGGCCAAAAACAUUAACUUUUUCUUAACCAAGUGUGUGAUUUUAAUAAUCCUUUUUUUUGAGGGAUUGUUGUAUUGGUAAGUUGAACAAUGAGUAGACGAGUGAUAUUUUUUCACAAACUAGUACAACUGGAUGAUGCAGUUGUGAUGGUGGGAAUAUUAUUUUUGUAUGCUUGGAAAGUAUGGUUAAGUCAGUGAAAAGCACGCUUUUGGCAUCUGCACAUCUGUCAGAUGGAUAUUUGUGGUUGUUGCUUGCGCAGGGCUAUCAUUAAGGUUCUAGAAAGGUGGCCUUUUAGGUAAAGUAACUGGUCAUAAAUUGAACAAGUCUUCCGGAACGAUUUUUCUGUUUCACUCAUUUUCAAACUGACAUUAGCUGGCUGGUUUUGCUGUCAUAGUCAGUUAUAAAAUCCAGUGGUCAGCCACGGCUGUUCUCAUGACGUCCCUGUUGAGGAAAGAGGCAAAAAAUGUGAGGCAAUUGAAUGUAUUCUUGGCCAGAUAAAAAAUAUUCCGUAUUUAUACGUGUUUUAUGGCAAACAAUGAAUGGUUACUGGUCCUUUCGAUUUUAAAGUCGUUUCGAUACAAGUCGUUCGAUACAAAUUUAUUUAGUCGAGUUGUAAAUAGUUUCACGUACUUGUCUUUAACAAGGAAGAAUAUUCACCCAUAAUGUUUUUCUUGUUCACGCUCAAACUAUACUUGAAGUAAUCGAAAUUUUAGUGCAGUUUCACUACUUGAGUUCGUAUCGAAACAACUUGUAUCGAAACGACUUGUUACCCAAUGAAUACAAAAAAAAACAGAGAUUGAAAGUUACUUUGUUCAGUAAAACCAUUUUGCCAAUAUUUUCAUCCUGGUUUCAAUAUCAUCAGUAAUAAAUGCGCUCAUUUUUCUGUCAGAUUGACAGUCUUAAAAAAGCUGCAUCGGAUGACAACAAGAAACGACAAGAGGAGAAGAGACAAACAGAGGUCUUUGAGAGUCACUCAAAAUUCAUGAAGUCCAAGGUAAGUGGGUACUUAGCUUUGUAAGCUUUAAGAUGUAGUGUGUUACAUUUCCAUGGUACAAUAUCAUAUGAAUGAAAAUAAGAAAAAAACAUAGCGCUCUGAUAUUAUCCUAAUUACAAGUUUGGGUAUAAGUGCAUAAAGUAGAUCUGACUGUUCAUUGACUGUUAGUUUUGUUCUCAACAAGAAUGUAUGUGCAACAUGCGUCAGUUUCUCGACAACUUGCAUACCCAACUUAUUUACAUAACACUUCAGCCAUGACAGUGUACCUACAGUCGUUUCGCCAACGUCUUGUUCGCUAUUAACGCUUUCAGUCGUUUCGCCAACGUGUUGGGUCAGUUCUUAACUUCUUUCGCCUUAUAUACUUAGGCUUAAAAGAACGACGUAAAAUGUAUAUACACAUGUGUAUCGAACGUUUCCGUGUCAUGACAAUAAAAAGAACGAGUUAUAUACAUGUACAGCGCUCGUUUCGUUUCGUACGCGAAACGACUUAAGACGUGAGCGAACGGAAAGUUAGCGUAACGACACUUAAGUGAAGCGACUGGUCACCCCAACACUCACGUUUUCAGCACAUCCACUCAUACUUGUGGACUAAUUUGUCAUGCCUGGCAUAAGAAUUUCAGCUAGAAAAAAAAGUUAAAAUGAAUUAUAUUGUACUCUCCCUGAAAUCUCUGAUUUUUGUAGUCUGUUUCGGGCGUAAUUAUCUUUUAUGUGAACUUCAGAAAUUUUCGUACGUUUUUGGAUAUAAUCGGUUCCUCAUUGAAAAUCAUGGCACUCUCAACCAAAAAUAUCUCAUCAGUCUUUGACGCAAGAUAAGAGGAAGCAUGAGCAACUAUCAACGGCAGCGAAAACAUUACAGAUACAAUAAUUUUUUGGUCAAUUUCCAAAUUCCAACUCGAUCAAUAUGUCAAAAUGUCUGGAGUUGAAUUCUUAGGGACCGUAUCCAAGUUUAGAAAAAGAAAGAAAAAUUUGUUGCGGUGUGUUAACAUCCUCGGUAAAUUGUUGCUCUAUAGAAGUUCACACCGUAGUCGUACAUUGAUGGAAGUUUUUGUAAUGUAUCAUAGUCAUAACCACACUGCACCAGACUAUAAGCUCGGUUUUUCGAGCCUGUUACUGAAUAUUCCAUUUGUUUAGUGUUGCACUUAGAUUAAACAGCGUUUUUGUUUUAAAUUUUUCUUGCUGAACGUGUUAAUCUAACUGUGUAUAAUUCCAUGUCUUGUUUCAGGUUGAAUCACUUAAAGUAGAUCUUGGGAAGAAAGCAGCUGCGUUAACAGCGGCCGAAACCAAACUUGAGACACUGAAAGCACAUCAGUCAAACCAACAGGAACAUAUUGCUGUCCUUCAAACAUCUGUAUCGACUAAAGAACACCACAUCAAGAACUUACAGGGCGAGGUGAGAAGCUUAAAGAGGUGUUAAGUUUGUUCAUUUCCAAUUUUGUUUGUUUUGCAAAAAAUCUGUCAACAGGAAGCGAUUUCUAGUGCGAACUAUUUUUUUCACCUACCAAAUUUUUCUCAAAUGUCACCAAAUUUCAAAGAUGUAGUCGAGAACGUAUGGAGGCCUACAAUUUUUUGUCAAGCGCCGGAAAAAAUCCUUUGUUCGUCGACAGCUACCCUUCGUGAACGUGACCAUCUGUAGGUUUUUUAGGGUGCCUUAAGCGUGAAAAAAGGUGAUGAAAACGAAAACUUUUAACUACAAAUUUUCAAUUUUCUUGCAAACGCCAAAUUCUAUUUUUUUUGCUUAUAGUGCAAACAGACUACUGCGGUUUUGUUGAUAGAAUCACAGCCUGCUGAUAGUAAUAAAAGCGAUGUGCAAGCAUUGUGAAUCAUACCUCCCUACAGAUUGACAGUUGAGAUAACUUGAAAAAUGUUGGGCUGCUUUUUUUAUUUUCAGUUUACCUGAAUGCAAUCCACUUAAAUUUCGAUUUGCGCAUGCGUGCCCUGUUUUGUGAUAGUUAGUAGGUCAAUGUAAGUAGUGGAAUUGCCCUAGAUUGUGCGAUUUUGUCCCCAAGAUAAUGUUCAAACAGUCAGUGAUUGCAUUGCCAUUUUUUCGUAAGAUCAUCAAGAUCGAACGUUUUCCGCUACAGGCGGCCAUGUUGGUUUUCACAUGUACCCUUCCCCUCCCUCCUCCAAGUGUUGACACUCGUCCAAGAUGGCCGCCCGUAAACGCAAGAGCUUGAUCUCGACUCUCAUUUUUGUUACAGCUGGAGUCGUUGCGUUCCCGGCUUGAUGACAGAGAGGAACAGUUAAAACAGAAAGAGAAAAAAUUGAUCUCUGUCUCAUCAGAACAUUCGGAGAAUUCUUAUGCCGUGGAGAAUCUACAGAGCGUACUCAAUACCAAGGAAAGACAGGUCACAAGUCUUAAGAAAAAGGUUUGUUCAAUGUACAGUGUGUUCUUCAAGUUCUUUCACAAAAUGUGUAAAAGUGAGUUAUUUCUUUUUAUUUUCACUCAGCGAUAGACAGGGUUCGUAGGCAUGUUAAAAACCUUUGAAUAUUUAAUGUACUUUUUUGAGGCCUUGAAAGUCCUUGAAUUUUGACUGAGGAGCAUUUUCGAACUUUGACAAAUACUAGUUUAAAGCCAACAAAAUAACGUUGAGGAAAUGAAAGUCAGGUAUGGACAGUCUGUGAUGCAAAAGGCUGAGGUGUAGAGUCAUGGCUAGUGCCAUUGCAUCAUUUUUUAUGCAUGCACAUUGUAGACGAUACUGAUUUUGCAUGACGAGUUAUUUUCAUAAUUUAUUUGGAACCUGUGUCGAAAGUAAUUUAUUAGGUCCUUGAAAUUAAAACUGUGGUCCUUGAACGUCCUUGAAAAGUCCUUGAAUUUUACGUCUGAAGACUGAAGUGUAAGAACCCUGUAUAGAUAGUGUUUGUCACUCAAGUUUGAGUGCUUGAUUUACUUUCUCACGAUGUCUUACUGAACUGUAGAUAGGAUGCGUGCGUGCAUCAUAUUAUUAAUGCCAAUUGUGCGUCCUUAAUCGCCAUGGAACUUAAGAAAUAGGCCAUUUUACAGUUGUGUCCUUAAUCGCCAUGGAACUUUGAAUAGAAAUAGGCCAUUUUACACCUGUUUUGUCACAAACCUUCCUGAUUUUCAACAAAUCACCGUUUUCAUCUUGCUUCAAUUUGAAAUGAUCAUUGACACUGAAAACAAGAAGGUUUAAAAUGGCCAAGGUCACCGCCAUGACGAAAUUAAAGGCUUCGGGCACUGUCAAACAAAUAUAUCUCCAGUUACUUGUAGUAUAUCAGACGUUAGAAACAACAAAAUGAACUUUGAAAAACUGUUAGGCUAACGAGUUUUCAAAGACCACAGUUGUAAUCCGUUUCAAUCUUCUUCAAAUUUGUCCAUCCGUUCCUCCUUUUACAUUUGUUGUGGUAUUUAUUUCUUCUUUUUAUCUUCUGAGCAGUUAUUUUUAUGUUUUACCAAGUUUGGUGAUGGUUCCUACGGUUCGAAUUUCGAGAAAUUUCGUGACGCAGCUCCUUUAAGGGCUGAGAGAACUCUAAUCCCACCGAGCCUCAUUCUGCUAGUUGUAAUUGUUCUUUUUUAGUGCGAGUCGCUUGAGAGGGAUCUACUUGAGAAAGACUCGUCAAUUUCAUCCAUGAAGACUAAUCUGGCAUCGCUCAAAGCCGAACAUGCCGGCUCAUCCAGUACUAUAUCCCAUCUGGAGGCAACAAUACGCGACAAGGAUAAACAUAUAGAGAUUCUUCAGGGCCAACGGCAGCGAAGCGGUGAAGAGACUGAUGAGGAACUUGGCCGGGUAAAACGAGCUCAUGAGAAGCUUGAAGGGCGACUGGCAUCUCUCAGAGAACAGCUUUCGGACAAAGAGGUAAAAGAGUAUAUGUUGUAUCUGUACGUGGUGUUGUUGAGGAAGCACAGUGAUUGUGUUUCGACCGCACCCGGGGCGGGGGUACAACCUUAUAUGGCCUACACUGGGAUGUGCCGCUAGACAUGGUAUGAUUUUCGUGCCCUUUAUCCGAAACAGGGCAUAUAAUUUUGCGCAAGUCUGUCCUAAACGGUGUACAUUUCCUUUGUCCUGAACAGGGUAAUAAAAUUGAGGCUUUUGUCCUAAACAGGGUCAGGGUUUCAAACCCUCAGCGUUAACCUCUACCCAAAUAUUGGUCGAGUACCCCUCUCCCCACCGGGGGACCGGACCUGACCGCGUGUCUUUGCGUUCUGUUCACGCAGUGGGGCUCCGGCGAAAUACGUUUAAGCUCAGGAUAACCCUACAACUGAUCUCAUGGUUGCCACAGGUCAGGAAAAAGUCAGGGAAUUUCACUUCUAGUCAGGGAAAAUUUAAAUAUUGGAAAGAAGUCAGGGAAAAGUUAAAUUUUAAGAGUGCAUAUACUCCAGUUAAUUUUUGUACCCUAACAUGAUUUCCUUUGUUUUCUAGGAGGACAUUGCUAGUUUAGAGAAACAGGUUUCAUCACUUAAAUCGUCUUUACAAGACAGAACCGCGAAAUUGACGACUUCUCAAGAAACUGUGAAGCGGCUUGAGCAGCAACUAGAAGAGGUUUGUGUUACAUUAUUGUUUUGUAGAGACACGAGUGAAGUAAAUUCAAAAUCUGCUUGGCAAGCGUAAGUAAAACAAAAAAGAGGCUUUGUUUGAAUGGUUUCAGUUGUCCAGUGAGACUCAAAAGUUAAAACUGCGCGCAAAACAAAUAGUACUAUGUGAAAGUAUUGCUGAAGAGGUUUCAUUUGAAUGGUCACAUCAUAGGGUUUCAUCCACAGACUCAAAAGUUAGAACUACAUACAAAACAAACAGCACCAUGUGAAAGUACUGUUGAAGAGGUUUCAUUUGAAUGGUCACAUCACAGAGUUUCAUCCACAGAAUCAAAAGUUAGAACCACUGUUGAAGAGGUUUCUUUGAAUGGUCACACCGUAGGAUUUCAUCCAUAGGCUCUAUAGUUUGAACUGCGCGCAAGACGAAUAGUUCCAAGCCGAGUGAAAGUACAGCGGAAGAGGUUUCGCUGAAUAAUCACAAUAAUCACACCGCAGGAUUUCAUCCGCAAAAUCGAGAGUUGCUGUUACAUGUUUUCAUAACCUGACUCUGGAAUUGAAAGCAUAAGGGUAGUUUUUGGCCAAGCUUGCUGAAGCAAGGAUAAUUUUUGGCGUCUAAUUUGUGUUUAGGGCGGAGGCAAGGAUGAACAUGUUGUGGCUGAACUCAGUAGCAAAAGACUUGAGUUAUCUAAGCUGGAAAAAGAUUCUCGGAAGCAGCAAACGGAGCUUAGGAGUAAGGAUAAAGAGAUAAAAAGACUGCAAGAAGAACUGAAGGAACAGGGUUGGAAAGUGAAUCAACUCACUGAUGACUGUGAGGUGAAGGAUCACAAAAUCGAAGAUCUGGAAAAGUGAGUUAAACACCUCAAGGCAUUGUGUAGACUUUCUAAAAGUCAUUUGUUAUUUUGUUUGUUGUCUGUUUUAAGGGACUUUUUCAUACCUGUUUGGCGUGAGGUUUACCUGUAGAAAAUUCCAAAUGUGACGUCAUGACAAUUGACCAAUAGGGGAGCUAGUGAUAUUUGAAACCACUCCCCGACACAGCGUAUGUCAAUUUUUUUCUCCCUGCGUGAAUUUACAAUAUGAUUCAAAUCCAGGCAAAACAAGUCGACCUCAUUAAGGUGAUACACGAGACGAUUCGCAACGACGAUUUUCAGCGCAACACAGCGUUGCAGCAUUGUUGCGACAUUGUUUUAAAUGGUUACAACAUUGUUCCAGCACUGCAACUCUGUGUUGUGCUAAUAAUCGUCGUUGCGAAUCGUCCUGUGUAACAUCACCUUGAGGGAGCUUUAGAAAUCACGACGGCGACGACGACAACGAGAACGUCAAAAAGGCAAUGGGUUUGUUAAGCAAAACAAUAACUGUGCACGUGCUUAAGUCCUCUAUAAGCAAUUGGUCGUCGGACAAUGUCAUACCAAAAUUAACCGCAUGUCUGCAGGGGUUUCAAUAAGUUUUUGCAUAAGUGGGUACUUAAGAGUAACAGGCGGGUAUAUUUGCCGAAGGCCCCAAGGGCCUUCGACCAUAGGGGGGUCCGGGAGCAUGCUCCCCGGAAAAUUUUGAAGUUCUAGACUCUCGCAGAUGCAUUUUCAGGUCUUUUUUUGUUGCUUUGUUUUUACAUUUUUUUGCUCCUAAGUCAACUAAUUUAAACAAAUUUGAAGAGAAUUAUGUUACAAUGAAGUAGUCAUAGUCAAAACCUAUUUUGCCAAAUUUUUGGGCAAGAAUUCGAAGCCUGGUCUUAGUUGACGUUCAUGUGAAGGCUCCAAGCGGGUAAUCAGCCCAUUGCAAGCGGGUAGAUCUACCCGCUACCCGGCUACUAUUGAAACCCCUGUGUCUGUCGAAAUGCCCCUCAGACAUGAUGGGUGAGCAAAGCAAAUACUUAAGACUAUCAUUUUGAAGCUGAAGAUUUGCAUAGAAAUCAAAGAAAUUAAAUGGCUUUUUUAUACAUGCCCAUCAAAUUUUCUGGUUUUUCCGACUUUUUUUAGACUUAGUCAACUCUCUUAACAUACACCUUUUUAAGACGGACACCUAGACUUGGUCUCUGAUUUUCUUUUCCUCCUUUUAUUCGACUCUCCAGCGUUUAAUACCUUCAACUGACAUGGUACAACUCACUUUGACUCUGAAGCCGACUACCGCGCAGGUUGUCAAAACGUCAGUCACUGUCAACAACAGUCCUACACAGGACUAUGUUCACCCGGACGAUCAUGCUCCCCCUACUCAUGAAAUGACUCUCUUCAAACAUUUUACAGGGUUUUUUUAUACUUUCUAUAACACGGACAUUUCUUUAAGAUGGACACAUACCGCCAGUCUUGAAGGUGUGUGUAUUGCAGAGAGUUGACUGUAGCAUCAUUAGUACCACUGUCACGUCAAGUUUAUUGUCAUCUUUGUCAUCUUUUGUUUUGUACUUCUGUUAAACAUGUACCCAUCAUGUUUCUUUUGUAGGCAGCUGAGAGAACAGAGCAAGAAGCUUGUUGGCGUUAAAAGAAACCAGCAGCUUGAAAGAGAAAAGCAAGCACAACUUCUGAAUGAAGUCAAAAAGCAAGAAGAUCAGAAAGACGAGACUGCGGACUUCUACCAGGUGAUGUACAGUCACAUGUUUUCAGUUGUAGGUGAAGGGGCACAUGUCCAUUGAGCGACAAGGGCAUCGCGCAUGUCCAUAGCCUGCGUGUCCUUUCUUAAUUCAAGGUCUCUUUUUUCAGCGUAUUUGCACAAACUAAGUCUCCUAUCCUGGAAAGCCCUUUUAAGUCUUUGAAUCUUCGGUUGGAAAUAGUGUGCGAACCCUGAUAUAACUUACGAAUCUGUGAAAAGAAACAUAACAUGUCCAUUUAUACGAGGGAAAAUAAGACGCGUCUCACAUAAGAGGCGUCCUAAAUAAGACGCAAACUGUCUCGUAUGAACGGCACAUUAAGACGCAUCUUAGCUAAGACGCGUCUUAUCGAAGAACAGUUGUUAAGGGCUGUUCUUAAAUAAGACGUGUCUUAGCUAAAUUUCCGAAGAACUGUGCUGUUUAUACGGGAUAGUUUGCGUCUUUUGUAGGACGCGUCCUAUGUAAGGCGCGUCUUAUUUUCCCUCGUAUAAAUGCCCCAAUGUGACCAUGCAAAUGAAGCAUCCUGGGCGGUGCUAGGCACUGCAGUGGAGCCUCUAUUCAUGGGACACCCUCGGGACCAAGGCAAGUGUCUCUUGAGCAGAGGUGUCCUUUGAAUGCCCCUGAAUAGAGGUUCCGUGAAUAGAGGCGUCCGAAAGGAGACGUUCUAGGCCAUUUAUUUUCAUGUUUUUCGAAAUGAUAUGUGGCAUGCUUUGAGGCACCUUUCAACUGUGCCACGUGUAACCACUAGCCAGACACACUAAAUAUUUGUCUUAGGCCGACCCCGUACGACUAAAUCGUGCCGUCUGUGAAAACGAACGUUGACUGUUUUGCUACAUUUAUUUAACAGAAAGAACUUCAGAAGAAAGAUGAGAGAAUUGCUGUUUUAGAGGAGGCCCUGACUGAGAGUGUAUCAAUCGCCGCUGAACGUGAAGAGCUGCUGGCUCAGCAAGCACACAACGCCGAAACUGCGACACAUCGUGUAGAGGAAAUGGAGGCCGAGGUGGAAAGGGUUCGAAUAGAGACCUCUGUCACCAACACUAAGAACGCGUCCUUGGUUCUGGCGCUGAACGAAAACGACAUUAUCUUGUCCUAUUAUAAGUCAGAGCGUCAUGGAAUGGUGGAACAGUUACUAGAAAUGAGGUAUUACAGGCUAGCUAAGAAACCUAGGGCCGAGUAUUUAAAAAAAAAAAAGUAUGUAUUAUUCUGUGAUCGAAUAUAUUCGUUACAAAACGUUAAGAGAACAAACUUGACAGGAUAAAGCUGAAAAAAAGUAAAACUCUAGGUCGUUUAGAAAAAACAUAGGGCAUAGUCAGAGAAUGUUUUAAUUUGUUCAGUGAUGGUAGCCCUGUGAAAAAGGGCGUGAGGGAGCAUGGGUAAGGGGAAAGUCCGUGAAGUGAUUGUGUCGCUCUUACUUUCUUUUUAUUGCUGUGAACUUUCUUUUAAGCGUUUCUCUUCACUUAUAUGCCCAACGUUUUGUCAUCUCUACUGACACAAUCGAUAGAAGGCUGUUAUUUUUUGGCAUAAUGUCCUUCGCCAUUUCAAGGGCGUUCAAAUCUGAAUAUUGUCGUCGGUAUCUGUCUACUAUCUUCGCCCUCUUUUCCCCUUGCCUUAAAAUUGUUUUCCGAGGCUUCCGAACUGCUAUUCCGGCUUCAUCUUUCAAAGUAAUGAGAAAUAUUUUUCAUAGACGGUUGUCAAAAAAGCGAUAUUUCAAAGUGCUUUAAAAAGUCGUCAAACCGCGCGCCAUCUCCCACCCAGUCCCCCUAUGCCAUAUAUAACGGUUUUUAACUUUCUGUGUGCUGUUGCAUUUCAGGCAAAAUGCGUUACUCGCCACGAUAUCUGAGAAAGACGCUAACAUCGCCCUCCUCGAAUUAUCGCCAACAGUAGGCAGCGACGUUGAAGUGCGAAAGUUCAAAGCAGAAAAGGACAAACUAGUCAACGAGCUUAAAGAGCAGGUAAAUGUCGUUGCACUAUUGCCAUGGCUACGUGUGAGCCGGAGCCUGGGACAGAGAUGUGGCGAAUUGCACUAUGGGACUGUUUGGAGGGGAUUUCGACCCAGUCUUUUUCGCAGCGUUCUCCAAAACAAUCCCAUAGUGCAAUUCGUUUCAGCACCGACCCGGUGACACGCGGAACCAUUACUUCAAACUAGCCAACCACAGGAUCAUGUCGUCUCGGCAUCGUUUUUGUUGUUCUUCGACCUCCAUUCACAAGGGCCGUUUGGAUCGAUUUAGAUUUCUGGGAAAUCGUCCUCCCCCUCCCCUAAGGCAACGUCUUUCCCUAGCUGAGAAGUAAAUGUUGGCUUAGGGGAGGGGUAGAUGGGCAGUUUCUCAGAAACCUUAAUUUGUCCAGCCGUUUAGCUCUCUGCAUCACUCCAGGUGACAUGGUUUUGUUGAAGACUACGGUUGAAUUUGCGGUGUUAAAAUAACUUAAAUUUGCGACCACCCCAUAUGUCCCCCAGAUAAUGCCUUUCGUGGAUACAACGUUUUCAACGAUAUCGAAAAGAACGAAUAAAACCGAAGAAAAAAAAUCGGAGGUAAAGGUCCCAGAGAAGAUCUUGUUGACCCAUCUCAGGGCUGUUCUGCGUCAGUUUAAGCUGGGGAAAACGAUGAUGAAUAAAAAGAAAGCUUAACGGCAGGGAAAGAUGCGUUUGGUUUGGUUACUGAUAACGCAUUUUUGGUGUAUAAGCAGCAGUUAGCGUAACCUAAAAAAUUUCUAAUGAAUCAAUAAUUUGUUUACGACUUUCCGUUCCUCGAUUCACACGCGUCAUUUUCGUGACACUAAUAGUUGUAUUUUUCUUGCAGACGCAACAGCGAAUGACUUUACUGUCAAACGAAGAUAAUAAAGAAAUUUCGCUCUCGACCGAACUAUCGCAGGCCUCCACAGAGAAGGUAACCUUGUUAGUCCACGUGCAUAGAACUAAAAACCUCUAAUUUCAUUGGUUCUACGUAACGAAUUCACAAUUUCACAUUACCCAUAAUACACCUUGUUUACCCCCCCGCCCCGGACAACUUCCCAAAAUUUUUAGUUGUCUUAUAUUUUCUGCAAAAUGGUCACCCUUUAUAUAACGGUCACCUUGCCAUUUCUUAAGAGUGACCGUGACUGUUAGUAAUCCUGCAUUCAUUGGGCGUUCAGAUAGUGGAGACGGCGCAGAAAGGGUCAGCUGGAAAGAAACAAACAACAGCAAGGGGUGUAGGGAGGGUGAGAAGGCGAAAGAACGUGUUCUCUCAUAGCUCCCACUCCCUCCCCGGCUACAGUUUUUUAUUUUCUCUCUCCGACUUACGCCCUUUGCACUAUCGAAACUAUGUUAACUCGUGUCCCUUGGUGGGGCUGGUGGGAUUAUUUAGAAUUUGAGUCUUUGGACGAUUACUGUUAUGUCAAAUUGCUUUCACUCUAACGAGGCCUCCGUUAUUAGAAACUGGAAGCUUUCAAUGAAUGUCAGGGUUGUUUGUUUAAGAUGUUAGUUGCGGCGCGCCAGGCAUAACUUGCUGAGACGUAAGAUUAUUGGUUACGGUUUAUCAUCUGCGAAGGCAGCUUAGGAUUACGUUAUUUUUAAGGUUAUGUUUUGUCCAAGCACAUGAUCCAACAAAUAAACAACAAAACAGACAAGAACACAAGGCAAGAAUUAAGCUUUGACGUUAUCUUCCCGUUGCAAUCGUGGCUAAGCUCCUUCCUCUCCUCAGUCGCACAAGCGGUCAAUAUCGAACCAAGAGCAGAAACUAAUAAUAAUUAUAAAAGAACAAAAUUUCCAUAGUGCGAAAAAUCCCUUAGUCUCGUAAAAAAUAUGCUAGAAUUAUUAAGUUUAGCAAUUAACAUGGAAUCAACUGAAUUUAGGACACAAGGAAAUAGCUUAAAAAGCGUCAACUUCAUAACUGAAAAGUUUGAAUAGUUGUCUUUUGCAAAAGUAGCCGCACAAUUUAACGUUGUUCAUGAUUUCUUGUUAAUGUUUUUUUCGACGCAAUCCGACGAAAUUGCCCACUAUGCAGGCAAGAUGAUUUAAAAUUUGCUUUUUAUAUGAAAAAGUUCACUUUAAAUUUUGAACAUCGAGUGUCAGUCAGAAUUUGCUUGACAAAUCCCAUCCGUUUAAUAGUACAACUGGGAAGCAUAAAAACAACUGCCCUGAAAAGGACUACUUCAAAGGUCACGCUUUUAGAGACUAAAAUCCGAAAAAAAUGUCGUUAAUGCAGUAUCGGUGCGUCUUUGGCACUUCGAACCUGUGCAUUUGCUUGUCUGAAAGGUCCACAAUUAUCACCGGCAAAUCUCGGCUUCUUUCCAUCCAUCAAGAGUCCAUGCGUUUUUUACAAGUGAGGAAAAUCCCAAGCAAUGAUCAUGUUAACACCGAUGCGUGCAUAUUGAAAGACGUGCAUAACCUCACAGAUAGUCGAUUGUCUUCUAAGACGUCGUUUAGAUUAUCUUAUAAGACCUCGCUUUAAUUUCCAGUGGCCUCUACGUAAUGACGCUGUGUGUGGGAAAGCUAAGUAAUUAAUAACCCAGAGCACGCUAUUUCGAACUGAAGCGAAACGUUUUCUACUUGACGAAACGUUCCUUACAAAAUUCCUCUACACUUUUUGACGUUGGUGGGAGAGUGGUGAGACCAUAAACUUAUUAACUGGAUGGAUGAAAGGACCUCGAGUGUUGGGUGUUUGAUUAGAAAUCAAAUUGUAAUCUGUCAAAGGUGAACGUUUUUUUAUGUUUUUUGACUUCGUUAUUAGAUUAGAUUUUAAUAAAGAAAAAUUAAAAAAGAGUCGACUAAAAAUAGAAAAGCUAUCGGCUUUAGAUAUUAUGGUUAUUGAGAAUGCAAUUAACGCAAUUAGCGUCUCUAUUUUGCGCCACCUUUUUGACAAAAGGCUUUUGACGUUGACAAGAGGUUCUUAUAUAUUUCUGACGUAUACGAACUAUUGUAGGUCUAACGUAAUAACUUUUGUGCAGCUUUUUACUUCCUGUAACAUUGUUUGGUUUCUCACACGAAUCAUCGGAAAUAGAGACGGCUUUGUUUUGCCGUACUAGCGCCGGCUACGUGAAAAACCGUUCUCAGGUAAACCCUUCAAGUCUAAUAGUGACCAACAUCAAUUUUCUCCUAACAUUUCAAUACACAAAGAAAAGGUGAUGAGAACUAAGAAAUUGAUCACCAAAGGGAAAAUGCUUUGAUCUCAACUAAUUUUUAAAGGAAAUUUAUGGAGAUCAGUUUGGAGAAUUUGUAAUUGGAUAUUGGGACUUAAAGGGUUAACCCAUACACAAUUAGCUUGUCUCCUACGAACUUAAGGUUACAAAUUGUGAGUGAAGUGCUGCGAGUUGGCACAUCAUAACUUGUGAAUUGAUUUUAAAGUGGCAUACCAGCAUUCUUAUAAUUUCUUCAAACAGUAAAUCUGUUAAUCAGUUCUAUGCGACGUGCACCUCAUUAACCAUGAGAACAUAACACAACAACACUUACAGGUUGUCUGCGAAUUAUACCUCAGAAUAUAAACCAAACUGUCACUUCAAACAAUGAAUCUACUGAAUAAAAACUACUACCAUUUACAUGGGAAUUCCGGAAUCAAUCGUGUUUACCAUUUGCACAAAUCCGUUCCUAUUACCAAAAAACCGCCGCGAAAGUCUGAAGCUCGUCUGAAACUGGUACUAAAGAUCAGUUUUAACAAACUAAUGGUACUCGAAUUUUCCCUUGGAACAUGUCGUCCGGAAAAACAGGACUACCUUUUCAGAUUUUCCGUUGCUGCAGUAAAUUUUCUGCUGGAACAAGUCAAAAAGUCGUAUGCCAUUUAAGGUGAUGUCACACGGGACGAUUCGCAACGACGAUUUUUAGCACAACACAGCCUUUCAAUGUUGAAACAAUGUUGUAACCAUUGGAGACAAUGUCGCAACAAUGUUGCAACGCUAAAAAUCGUCGUUGCCACUCGUACCAACGUUGCUUGCAUGUGAGAGGCCGCAAUCUGGCAAUUCAACCACAAGCUCAAAUCAAAACUGAAAUAAUUCUUCAUAACAAGAAGUUUCAUGUUGAAAGUUUAUGGUCCCUUCACGUAUUUUUUCAUUUCUUUUCCUUCAGAUUCUGGAAGCUGUCUCUCUAAUAGAAGAAAGUAUGGAAAAGCUACAAUUGUACGGAAAAGAAUUAGUUGACAUUUGUGAAAAACAUUUCCCAGAUAUAAAGAGAAGGAUUCCCAAGAUCAAGCGUCGACAUCCAAAUAACACAGAAAAACUAAAAAGUGCGAGUCAAAAAGAGGUGAGUUAGUUUUGUUUAUCGUUUUGCCGACUUCAGAAGGGGAAAAUGAAGCUUUCCCUUCCCAACCCCCGCCCCCCCUCCCCCCCCCCUCCAUGCAAUGUUGUGCCGCUGUUCGAGCUACCAUUUGGAAACAAGAAAUAACCUCAUUGUUCUUCAAAGUUGCCCCAGUUAAGGACAGUGUGUCAACAAUUUUGUCGCCAAUUGUAACCCAAGUCUUAAAGUGAGGAUUUAUGGCCUAUUCCUUACUCCAGUAACGUUGGAAAGUACUAGUUUUGGGUUCUUUCGGGAAUGUUUGGAGGGGGAAUGGGGCUUACCGGAAGUGAACAACACAGGAAAGGCUGAUUUAAACGUCACUACGGCAAAGGGUUGAUUUAUUAUAGGCCAAUAUUUCGGCUAACAAAAUUGGCCUUCCUCAGGGCCAGGUUCUCAGCGACUGACCGUGUCGAGAAAAACAAAUGCGGCUAACCCAGUACAAACUUCCUUUCGCCGUCCGGCAACGCUUGUCGCUUUUUCCUUCGACCCAGCUGCCAACGGCUCAAAGUGCAACCGCAGUUGCAGUGUUUAGGCCUUUAAAGUAGCUACUUAAACUGGUAGCGCUUGAAUGCUAUUGAAUUUUUAAAGGCAAGUUUCGAAAACAUUGCUACGUAGUAAUUUUGGUUCAGGAGGAGAUUCUAGGAAACAAACCACCCACCCACCCACCCCUCCCUUUACACCAAGUUAUCACUAUCGAUUUUUUCUGGUUUCAAUCUAUGUUCAUCCUUGCCAUCCAUAGCAACAAACGACAGGAAACAGUUUCAAUGCCUAAAUAUAGAGUGUUUUCACAUGACGUCACGGCGGCCAUAUUGGUGUCCCAAAACAAUGAAACGGUGGCCAUGUUGGUGUCCCAAACCAGUCCUGUGGGAGUUGAACUCUUUUCUUGUGCAAACGCUUUCUUUUGUUCCAAUAAAUUUGCAUAGAUACUGGCCACGUGAGUGAAAACACUCUAUAGUCUUAAUUAACAAAACCUGACCAUUAUUUUUGGAAUUUAAUUGAUGCAAAAACACCUUUUAGCGGUUUAACCCUUUAAGUGCCAAUGGUGACCAACAACAAUUUUCUCCUAACAGUAUCCAUACACUGUUAAGAGGUAAAGUUAUGAGAAUUAAUAAAAUGAUCACCAUAGAGAAAAUACUUUGGUCUUUUAUCAAAUUCUCUCAGCCUAUUGUUAAAGGAGAUGUAUGGAGAUCAGUUUGGAGAAUUUGUAGGUGGAUAUUGGGGCUUAAAGGGUUAAAAGAUAGCAGAUAGCGUGACACUGGUUAAAACAUCAACUGCACACUUAAUGUGUUUUGUAGCUUUUGAUAUUAUGUAAGUCGUAUUUAAAAACAGUGGAAUACUGAUAUGAAAGUAUAUGGUGUUUUAAAUAGUCAUGUUUGCUUCAGAUACAAACAAUCAGUAUAAACCAAUUAUUUAAAAGAAUGUAUAUCAGCGACAGCAAUAUCAGAACCUACGAAAUAUUUUCACUUCUUUCCAGAAUCAAAAAUUUUGUUAUUAGUGAUUGCUAUUUCCGUUUCUGCGAAGUACUUCAUAAGCUCUACUUAUUUCCAUCGCAUGCUGUCCUUAAGAGCAUAUUUGUCAGAUGAUCUGUACAACUAGAUAUUUUAAAAUAUUCCUUAAUUAAAUUAAAUUCCAAUUGAUAUUUCAUAAAUGCAUCUUGUACCCGCAAUCCCUUGAAAAUUUCAGUGACUAGACAAAUCCCUGUGUGAAAUUGAGUCACCAUGAAGCUAUGUUUAUUCUAUAGUUCUGUUAACGUGUCUGACGUCAUAACUAAGCUAUUGACCACUCCAGAAAUACCAUAACAUACCAUAAUGCUCUUUGUUUGUCACCCCAAAAUGUUGCAUAAGCUUUGUCUUCAGUUUCUCUUGGGAGUUCAAAUGGCCUGAAAACAAUGCUUAUGCAAAAUUUUUGGGUGACAAACAAAGAGCAUUAUGAUAUGUUAUGGUAUUUUCUGGAGUGGUCAAUUGUAGAUCUUUGCCCUCUCUAAAAGGUCAUUAUCGCACUAAGUAACAUGCCACGAGGAUUUGUCCCUAGUCAGUUACAGGGCCUUCGGCCUCAUUUCGAAUCAAUUAAGCAGUUUUAUAGUUGUUGUGUUUUCUUUCAGUGGGCUGGACGCAAGUAAUAAAGAAACAUCUAUUAAGCCAUUUUGUUUUUGUUUUUAUUGUUUUUUACAGCUGUUAUCCGUGUUACAGACUUUGGAAAAGGACAUGCACUUGUUACAAGACGACGUUCACAAAAUGCUGGAGUUAGUCGAGGAUGUUAGCGAAUCGUGACGGUAUUUAAUACCAAGAGAGUUCCGAUCUUCUUAGCUUAAACAAAAAAAACUGAUGUCCAUAGACAAGUGCCUAAUCUUUGCACUCAAAAGUGCCGACGAACUUUAAAAAAAAACAAAUGAAAGGCAGUUAUUUGACAUUGAUUUUUUCGUUAAGUACUUGAGAACAAACAGGGUCGAAAACUGUCCAUUAGUUGGUAGCUAACCGAAUGUCGCAUCGAUCGUUGGAGUGAAAACCAUUCCUCAUUGCAUGUGCAUGUGCAUGCUAGAGAAAGUGGGCAACAGUUAUUGGAUUUGGGGCACAACAGAUGCACUUUCUUGCCUCUCUGAGUCCUUUCUUUAAUCCUCUCGAUACCACUGAUAAUUUAAAGGAGCGCAUUGGUUUAAAACCUGCGAUUAAAAGAAAAUACGAGAUGAGAUUCUAACGUAACUCCCAUAGUGCUGUAGGCUUUUGAUAGAGAGAUGAUUCUUGCCAAUAACGGUCUCUCUGCCUCGCACCAAAUUGGUGGUAGCGUAGCCAUCACGUCUUCAUGCCUUGGUUGAAUGAAGCUUAACGUUUGCUUCCAAAUUAAGAUUAGGUUAAAAAACACCUGGAUAAUGUUCUUUUU